AUGGUACAUACUGUUCUUCGAAUCCGACCGUGGGUAAUGACUCGCUUUCAAUCCCUACAUGCUGGCAUCAUGGCUAUCCUCGACACUUUUCGGGCAGGGCCCUGGAGUCCACCAAAUUACCAGCUGCUUGAUGGAGCUCGAGAGAAGUCAUAUAACUAUUACAAUCGCACAACCAAGAGAACUUGGACCGUGGCUGGCUCGCUAGUAGCAGUCAUCUUCUUCAUCUGGUGUUUCCCGUUAUUGCCGACAUCCUUCACUCGCAUUGCGGAUGAACGACUAUGCGAUCAUCCCAUCAUCACACUUGUGUCAAAUGCCAGGGAAACAUUCAAUCAAACGUUGACGCGUCAAUCGAAGUCCUUAGACGAGGCGGUGUUGGAAUACCGUCGACGGUACAACAUGCCGCCGCCGCCCCACUUUGACAAAUGGUACGAGUUUGCGAAGGAGCGCAAUACGAUGUUAAUCGAUGAGUAUGAUGCGGUAUACCACUCACUGCUCCCGUUCUGGGGGCUGUCACCACAUACAAUUCGGUCGCGUGUCAGAGAAGAUCUGGGUUUCGAUAACGUGGUGAUGGGGAUUUCGAUACGCAAUGGCGAGGCUAUCCACUUGGGCAAUGGCCAGGGAAAUUUCCAACGCGAUGCCGCGAUGAAGCAAUUUGGCAAAUUCGCGCAAUGGUUGCCAGACAUGGAUCUCGAAUUCAAUGUUCAUGAUGAACCACGCGUCGUGGUGCCUCAUCAAGACCUGCACCGAUUGGUGCUCAAAGGCCGUGCAGCGCAGGCUAACCUGAGCCGCAACCCGUUGUUAGAUGCUUUCUCAGGCAACAAUGAUACUGCGGAGCCCAUACCAGAAAUCCUGACAACUAGAUUUCUCAACAUCGAAAAACAAGAAACUUGGCUCUACUCACGAUUAUCGUGCCCUCCCGAUAGUCCGACUAUGGACCUCGAUGGCAGUGCGCCCGACAAUACUAGUGCUUUUGCCAUUCAACCUUUGGGGUUCAUCUACAAUCAAUCCGCAUCUAGCGAUAUCUGCAACAGUCCAUCUAUGCAUCGUCGGCUUGGGAUUUUCGAGUGGCCAAAUGCCUUCAAGCUCACAAACGAGCUAGUUCCCAUGUUUUCAAUGUCGCGUCCGUCUCUUUUUCAGGACAUACCCAUCCCUUCUCCGUGGUAUUAUGAAGAGGUCGGAGGCUAUGAGCCAGAACCAGAUAUUUCAUGGGAGUCAAGAAGAAGACAGCUUUACUGGCGAGGAACCACUACAGGUGGACAUAGUCAUGGUGGAUCCUGGCACAACCUACAGCGACAGCGGGUCAUCGCCUCACUAGAACGAAAGUCGGGACAGCAGAUUCUCGAACGCAAUCAAGACUCUACUUGCAGCAUCGGAGGCGAUGAAGGAUGGAAGGCCCGCGAAGCAAAUCAAACCGAGCUCGCUGACUACUUCAACGCCCACUUUGUUGACAUUGUCGAUUGCGAAGAAGACUGCGACGAUGAGUGGGAAUUCUUCGAUGUGGUUGAUCGCGAAGACCAUAGCGAGGCAUGGAACUACCGAUAUCUAUUAGAUAUGGACGGGCAUGCCUACAGUGGGCGAUUCUACGCAUUCAUGCGUAGCAAAAGCGUUCCACUGAAGCUAACAUUUUUCCGGGAGUGGCAUGAGGAACUACUGAUCCCGUGGGUACACUACGUGCCGCUGAACAAAGAUGCCAACGAGAUACCCGAGAUUAUUCGCUUUUUUGAGCAAGAUCCUGCUGGCCAGGUUAUCGCUCAGAGAAUUGGCGAAGAAGGUCAGGAUUGGGCUGCGAAGGUCCUCCGCAAUGAUGAUAUGGAUGUUUAUAUGUUUCGCCUUAUGUUGGAAUAUGCCCGUGUGCAAGACCAUCAACGAGAGAGCCUGGGUUUCACUUUGCCGGGUCCAACAGUUAAUAGCUCGACCUGA